AUGGUUAGUUGGCUUAAUUCGUUGGAAGAUGAAAGGAAUGCUUUGAGUGGACCUGUGAAAGGGCUUUCAUCUCGGACUCUUUUCAGGAUCGACUCGAUCUAUUGCUCUACGGCCUUAACUCCCUUGCUCGCGUACACAUGCCCUUUCUCCCUGGACCAGCAGGAGAAAAAGACAGAGGAGAAUGCAAGCUCUUUUACGAAUGACUUUAUAUUAAUGGAAUCUCAUCAUCCAAUCCACAAGAAAGAGAAUGAAACCUGGCGAAAAACUUCCGGUUUAGACUUGUCCCACUGCAAUGGCACCGAAAUGGGGUCUGAUGAUUUCCUCCAGGUCUUGGAGUGCCCUAAUGGUUUCGCCUCUUUCCUCAUUGUUCACAGAUAUCUGCUUCCGUGGACAGCUACUGGCACGCUUGCUUGCUUGCGACUGGCUGACUUCUAUCUAAGAACCAGAACUGGACAAAGACUCACUCGAAGCACGGGACCGGACCAAGAUCAAAAGCGGCAACUGCAGCAGCAACUCCUCCUAUAUGACAGAUAA